AUGGUGUCUGAUCGAUUAACUUUACAAAUGAUGGAAAAGAAGCCUACAGAGACUUUUAGGCAGUAUGCACAAAGAUUGAGGGAUAUCUCGGCUCAGGUAGAACCUCCGUUAACUAAGACGGAGAUAACGGUCCUCUUUAUCAACACUCUGAAUGCGCCAUUUUACGAUAAGUUGGUGGGGAGUGCCACAAAAGACUUUGCAGAUAUUGUUAUAUCUGGGGAGCUUAUUGAAAAUGCCGUCAAAAGCGGGAGAAUGGAGGGCCCUGAGAGUUCGAAGAGGGCAGUACCCGUAAAGAAAAAAGAGGCAGAGGCCCAUAUGGCACCUCCGUCUUACCCCGUUUAUGCUGUGAAUAACCAAAGACCAUUCACCGUGUUCCCACCAAAUACCAUGCCUACACAAAGCCAACCCAAAAAUGAACAAAGACCAGCAAGACCCAAUCCUGAAAGACCUCAGUUUACUCCAAUUCCUGUAUCAUAUGGAGAAUUAUACCCGAAGCUGUUGGAAAAACAAUUAAUAUCCCCAUAUUACAUGGUACCCCUGAAGCCCCCUUACCCGAAGUGGUAUGAUCCUAACGCUAAUUAUGUGUAUCACGCUGGAAAUCAAGGGCAUUCUACAGAAAACUGCAUUGUCUUUAAAAUGAGGGUUCAGGGUCUCAUUGAUGCUGGUAUUCUGCGAUUCGAUGGUGUUAGCAAUGUGACGGGAAAUCCUCUUCCUAACCAUACUGGCGGGAAUGUGAAUGCGGUGACAAAUGAAGACAAUUGGCAAGCCAAAGGUUAUGUUGCCGAAGUAAGGACACUUUUGCGGAAGGUGUGGGAGAUGAUGAUUGAAAAUGGCUUGCUCUGCCCGCCUAGUAAGAUUCUCAAAGAAGAAAGUACAAAAGAUCAGAAUUUCUGUGAUUUUCAUGGCGUCAAAGGGCAUGACAUCCAAUCUUGUAAGGAAUUUAGAAAAUUACUUCAGGACAUGAUGGAUAACAAGGAGGUCAAAGUCUUUGAUAGUGUGGAAGGGGCCGAAGAAGGAGAAAUAUGUGUCUCUGAUAAUCAAUUGAUGGCUUCCCCUUAUAGCGUCGAUAGACCUUUGGUGAUUUAUUACGAGGCAAAAAAAGAAGAAGUUAGUCGAGAAGUUAAACCGAGUUUGAUAAUAGAAGUACCUGCUCCUUUCUCUUACAAUGACAACAAGGCAGUACCGUGGAAGUAUGAUGUCAAUAUCGUUGUGCCUGAAGGUGAAAAGUCAAAGGUUAUGGAUGAAGGUGUCAGUGGAGUAGGACAUUUCACUCGCAGCGGAAGGUGUUAUUCUCCCGAGACGGUUGAACCAAAGAAGAAAGUUGCUGGCUCGAGCCAAAAAGGAAAAGCACCAAUGUAUGAGGUUGAGGAUGAUGUUGAAACACAGCUUGAGCAAGAAGUUAAAAAGGCUGUGAAUGAGGAGGAAGCACAUGAGUUCUUAAAGUGGGCAAAUAAUCUAAAUGUAGAUAAUUUCAUCUCUUUUAGUGAUGACGAAAUACCGCUAAAUGGUAGGGGCUCCGUAAAAGCAUUGCACAUCACAACCAAUUGCAAAGGUUACAUAUUACCAAAUGUGCUCAUCGACAAUGGAUCUGCACUCAAUGUUAUGCCUUUGGCCACGCUUUCUAGGAUGCCGGUUGAUAUGUCCUAUCUGAGGCCUUGUUAUUCUAUAGUAAGGGCAUUUGAUGGGACACGACGAGAGGUCAUGGGAAAGAUAGAAAUUCCUCUAAAAGUGGGGCCAUGUGUAUAUGAUAUCGAGUUCCAGGUCAUGGACAUCACGCCUUCAUACAAUUGCCUUUUAGGAAGACAUUGGAUCCAUUCUGCUGGGGCAGUUCCUUCAUCUCACCAUCAGAAGGUAAAGUUCAUCAUGGAUAGCCGUUUGAUUACUGUCGAUGGUGAGAAAGACAUCGUCGCAUCUAUCUCUACAGAUGCACCCUACAUCGAAAUAAGUGAGGAUGCUGUAGAAUGUUCUUUUCGCUCCUUGGAAUUUAUCAAUGCUGCAUUUGUUGCUGAAGGGAAUAAAAUCCCCAUUCUCAAACUGUCGAUGAAUACCAAGAUGGGAAUUAAGCUGACUGUGGGAAGAGGAGCUCGAGCGAGGAAAGGUUUGAGAAAAUAUCAACAAGGGAUGAUUAGAGCUUUGAAACCAACGCACCACAAAGGUCGAUAUGGUUUGGGGUUCAAGCCAGAUAUACAUCAAAGAAGAAAACAAUUACAGAAAGAUUGA